GUGGCGUCAAAAUAAUUAAUCCGCGGUAGAGCAAAAGACAGAAAGGAUUUCUUGACUUUUGUAAAAGAAAACAAUUUAAUUUAGACAUUUAUAAUUUUUUUUUAGUAAACAUUUGGAAAUCGUAAGGUGAGAAUCGAUGCGUCCUAACGAAAUGUCGCAAUAUCAUUAUGUGGUAACCGCUCAAAAACCCACAGCUGUGGUAGCUUGUGUUACUGGUAAUUUUACUUCGCCAACGGACCUUAAUUUGAUUAUUGCCCGCAAUAGUCAAUUGGAAAUUGAUUUAGUCACGCCGGAAGGCUUGCGGCCUCUUAAAGAAGUCAACAUAAACGGUGUAAUUGCAGUUAUGAAGCAUUUUCGUCCACAGGAUAGUAAAAAGGAUUUAUUGUUCAUAUUGACACAUCGCUACAAUGUCAUGAUCUUAGAAUGUCGCAUGUUAGGCGAUCAAAUCAGCGUCAUAACCAAAGCUCAUGGCAACGUUUCGCAUCAGUACAGCCCACCUACGGAGGGUGGUUUCAUAGCUGUCAUUGAUCCUAAAGCCCGGGUGAUAGGCAUGUGUUUGUACAUGGGACUUUUUACAAUUAUUCCGCUUGAUAAAGAUACUAGCGAACUAAAGGCCACAAAUUUAAGAAUGGAUGAAUUGAAUGUGUAUGAUGUCGAAUUUUUGUACGGAUGCAUCAAUCCUACGAUAAUCGUUAUACACAAAGAUAAUGAUGGUCGUCAUGUCAAAACUCAUGAAAUUAACUUGCGCGAAAAGGAAUUCACAAAAAUUGCUUGGAAACAAGACAAUGUUGAAACCGAAGCUACCAUGUUAAUACCGGUACCAACUCCUCUAGGUGGCGCCAUUGUCAUCGGGCGCGAGUCAAUUGUUUAUCAUGACGGCAAUAGUUACCACGCUGUUGCUCCUUCUACAUUUAAGCAAAGUACCAUAAAUUGUUAUGCGCGUGUGGACAGUAAGGGUCAACGGUAUCUCUUGGGCAAUAUGUAUGGUCAGCUGUUCAUGUUAUUCUUGGAAACAAAUGAUAACGGCAAAGGAGGCGCCUCAGUUCGGGAAAUUAAAGUAGAAUUAUUGGGUGAAAUUUCCAUACCCGAAUGUAUAACAUAUUUAGAUAACGGGUUUCUCUUUAUUGGAUCGAAACAUGGAGACUCCCAAUUGGUACGCUUAAGUACGACAGCUAAUGAGAAUGGCUCAUAUGUUAUUCCAAUGGAAAAUUUCACAAAUCUUGGACCCAUUCUGGAUCUGAGUGUGGUCGAUUUGGAUCGCCAAGGUCAAGGGCAAAUUAUAACUUGUUCUGGAAGUUUUAAAGACGGUUCACUUAGAAUUAUUAGAAUUGGUAUUGGUAUACAAGAGCAUGCUUGUAUUGAUUUACCUGGAAUUAAAGGAAUGUGGUCUCUGAAGGUGGGAAUCGAUGACAGCAUUUAUGAAAAUACUUUGGUCCUAGCUUUUGUAGGUCAUACUAGAAUUUUAACUUUAACAGGAGAAGAAGUCGAAGAAACAGAUAUACCCGGCUUCUUAAGCGAUCAGCAGACUUUUCAUUGCGCUAAUGUGGACUUUGAUCAGAUUGUCCAAGUGACACCAUUAACGGUGCGCUUAAUUAAAAGCACGUCUAAGAAUUUAGUAUUUGAAUGGCAGCCGCCAAAAGGUAAACGAAUUGGUGUAGUAUCGUGUAAUUCCACGCAAAUAGUAGUUGCUUCGGCUUGCGAUGUUUAUUAUAUUGAAAUUGAAGAUGGUAAAUUGAUACAACAACACCAAACGGUUUUAGAGUAUGAAGUAGCUUGCUUAGACAUUACACCCUUGGAUGAUGGAAAACCCCGUUCAGAUUUUGUGGCUGCAGGCUUAUGGACUGAUAUAUCGGCAGUAAUUUUAGCAUUGCCAAAUCUAGAUGUUUAUCACACGGAAAAAUUAGGUGGAGAAAUUAUCCCUCGAUCGAUUUUAAUGACUACUUUUGAAGGAAUUCAUUACUUGCUAUGCGCCCUCGGUGACGGUUCCAUGUUCUAUUUUAUACUUAAUAAGGAGACGGGCAUUUUGAGUGAUAAAAAGAAGGUAACUUUGGGCACCCAACCGACCACUUUGCGUACAUUUAAAUCGUUCGCAACCACUAACGUGUUUGCAUGCUCAGACAGACCCACAGUUAUUUAUUCGUCAAAUCAUAAGCUUGUCUUUUCCAAUGUCAAUCUAAAGGAAGUCAAUCAUAUGUGUUCAUUGAACGCCCAGGCUUACCCCGACAGUUUGGCUUUAGCAACAAAAAACUCUGUAAUCUUAGGCACAAUUGAUGAAAUACAAAAAUUGCAUAUACGUACCGUUCCCCUGGGAGAGGGACCCAGGCGCAUAGCUUAUCAGGAAAGUUCCAAGACCUUUGCGGUGGCGACAGUACGCAUUGAUGUCCAAGGCCGAAGUGGACCGAAACCAACACGGCCAAGUGCUUCUACGCAAGCCCAGAAUAUCACUUAUGCUUCGAAUAUCGUGCCGAAACCAGGUAGCGGUAAUACGUCAACGACAAGUGCGGAAAUCGGUCAAGAGCUAGAAAUGAAUAAUCUCUUGAUAAUUGAUCAAAAUACUUUUGAAGUGUUGCAUGCUCAUCAAUUUAUGCCCUCAGAAAAUAUCAUAUCUCUAAUGUCGGCUACCCUGGGAGAGGAUCCCAACACGUACUAUGUCGUUUGCACCGCUUUGGUUUACGCCGACGAACCCGAGCCAAACAUUGGUCGUAUCAUUAUAUUCCAUUAUCAUGAUGGUAAACUAAUUCAAGUCGCUGAAACAAAAAUUGACGGCUCGUCCAUUUCUCUGGUAGAAUUUAAUGGGAAAGUGUUGGCUGGAAUUAAUAGUUUUGUACGUUUGUAUGAAUGGACUAAUGAAAAAGAAUUACGCAUGGAAUGCAACAUAAAAAACAAUAUAACAGUGUUAUAUUUAAAAGCGAAAGGUGACUUUAUAUUGGUGGGCGAUUUAAUGCGUUCAUUGACUUUAUUACAACACAAACAGAUGGAAGGUAUUUUCGUGGAAAUUGCUCGGGAUAGCGAUCCGAAAUGGAUGAGAGCCAUAGAAAUACUUGAUGAUGACACUUUCUUAGGUUGCGAAGAUAAUGGCAAUUUAUUUGUUUGUCAAAAAGACAGUGCCGCCACAACCGACGACGAGCGCCAAUUAUUACCCGAAGUGGCCCGUUUUCAUUUGGGAGAUAAGGUAAACGUUUUUCGUCACGAUUCCUUGGUUAUGCAAAAUGUUGGAGAACGCACUACACCAAAUCAAGGCUGCGUUCUUUUCGGGACCGUGAACGGUGCUAUUGGCAUUGUAACGCAGAUACCUCAAGACUUUUAUGAUUUUUUACACAGUCUCGAAGAAAGACUUACAAAUGUCAUAAAAUCGGUGGGCAAAAUAGAUCAUUCAUAUUAUCGUAGCUUCCACACUAGUCAAAAGUUUGAACCAUGUGAGGGUUUCAUUGAUGGUGAUUUAAUAGAAAGUUUUCUGGACUUAAAUCGCGAAAAAAUGAAAGAAUGCGUUUUAGGUCUUGAGGUUACCAUGAAUGGGGAAAAGAAAGAUGCAGAAGUUGAUGAUGUUAUUAAAAUUGUCGAAGACCUGACGCGAAUGCAUUAACAUUAACAUUGUAUUGUUUACACAUUAUAAGAGUUUCUUGCUGUAAGAUCUACGUCUUUACACUUUUGAAAUUAUUUUCCUCUUUUGUUUAGAAGCCUUUUAUUGUUAUUGUAAAAUGCCGAGAUGUGCAGGAGUGCAUGCAAAUUCGUUUUUUCCGAUAAUUGUGUUUGUAAUUAAAAAGGAUUUUUAAAAAAUAAAUGAAGAUAAAUGAUGUAAUAUA